AUGUAUCUUGCAAUAUGGAACAUCAGAGGAUUUAACAAAUCCUCUAAGCAUUUGGUUGUUAAGAAAUUCAUCCAGGACUAUAAAAUUUCCUUUUUAGCUCUCUUAGAAACCAAAGUGGCUAUUGAGAAAAUGAAGAUAAUAGCUGCUAAAAUUGCAAAGGAUUGGCAAUGGACCUCUAAUGUGCAGCAUACUGCAAAUAAAGCCAGAAUUUGGGUUUUAUGGGAUAGCAAUUAUAUCUCUGUCCAGAACAUAAAUAGUUCUGAGCAGUUCAUGUCCUUCAAAGUGGAAUCUAAAGAUGGAAAGCUAGCCUGUCUUUUUACAGUAGUUUAUGCUCUUAAUCAAAUAGAGGGAAGGAGGGAUCUUUGGCAGGACCUUUUGGAUUUUAAAAGGACUGUAUCAGGCCCUUGGCUAGUAGGGGGUGAUUUCAAUGCUAUUCUUAAUGGUGAGGAGAAAAUGGGAGGUGCACAAGUAUCAGAUGCAGAAACAGAAGAUUUUCAAAACUUCAUAGUUUCAAGUCAUCUCAAGCACAUUAAAUCCACAGGUUGCUUUUUUACUUGGAGCAAUAAACAGGAUGCACAUACUAGAAUCUGGUGCAAAUUGGAUAGAAUGCUAGUGAAUGAAGACUGGAUUCUACAAUAUACAUCCAGUCAGACAGAAUACUUAAUGCCUCUAUGUUCUGAUCACUCUCCAGGUCUAAUAACAAUCAGUGAUGAGCAAAUAGAAGGUAAGAGACCAUUUAAAUUCUUUGCUAUGUGGGCUAAACACCCUGAUUUCCUGUCAACUAUCAGAACAGUUUGGGAACAACAGGUGCAGGGAUAUAAUAUGUACAGGUUCUACAUCAAGCUCAAAAACCUUAAACCUGUUCUCAGAGAUCUGAAUAAGAGGCACUUUAUGAAUAUCAGUGAGCAAGUUACUAGAGCUAAAUUUGAGUUGUAUGAAGUACAAUCUCAACUAAGUUCUGACCUGUUCAACUCAGUUCUGAUUUCAAAGGAAAAAGAAUGCAUCAAAAAGUACACACAUCUAUUGGAUUGUGAAAAUUCUUUCUACAGACAAAAAGCCAAUAUCAGUUGGGGUUUGCAUGGGGAUAAGAGCACGCAACACUUUCAUUCUGUUAUGAAAAAUAAAAGGCAUCAUAAUAAGGUGUUGUCUCUAAUUUCUCAAAAUGGCACCAGGAUUUCUGAUCAGCAGAGCAUCAUCUCAGAAUUUGUUGAGUAUUACAAGAAUCUGCUUGGAUCCUCAGGUCUCACAACAACACCCAAUCCUGAGGUUAUCAUUCAAGGGCCAAUUCUCUCUCCUAUCCACCGUACUGAGUUGAGCAAGCAAUUCUCUCUCCUAUCCACCGUACUGAGUUGA